ACACAGAAAUUUGAUCACAUGAUAUAUUCACCUGACCAAUCGCUGAUUUGGUUCUACUCUAGUAAAAUUAUCGUCACAAUUUAAAUUUGCUUGUACUCAAAUAAGUUUAUUUAAUUUUAAAACGACGAAAAAUGAAAAUCUGUGGUCCUAAGUUGUCGCUUUGCGGUCUGAUCAUCUCCGUUUGGGGUAUUGUCCAAUUGGUUCUUAUGGGUCUAUUCUUCUACAUUAAUAGCGUGGCUCUUAUUGAGGAUUUACCCCUAGAAGAGAGGUACAAUUCCUUGGAGGAGUUUUAUGCAGCUGCAAAUAGAGCGUACAAUCAGAACGCCUACAAUUGCUGGAUUGCAGCAUGUAUCUACGUGUUGACGUUGCUGCUCUCCGCACAACAAUUUUACAUGAAUAGCAGAGUAAUUGCGAACUAACAAUUCCAAAUGUACCUUUUGUUGUCAGUGUGAGGAAAUAUGUAUGUGCUAGUGCAUGCCUCGGCCUGCGCCAAUAAAUAAAUAGUAUUCAAAAGCUUA